AUGAGACCGCGGCGUGAUGUGGCGGUGGAGAGUUGGCUGUUAGUCCGAGAAGCCGUGUUGUCUAUUCUGGCGGUGCGAGACGAGUGGGACGAGUUGACGGUAAGAUUUGGCAAGCACAAAGACAAGCUGGUCAAGGUAUGGUUUGGCAAGCACGAAGACAAGCCGGCCAAGGUAAGGUUUAGCAAGCACAAAGACAAGCCGACCAAGGUAAAGUUUGUCAAGCACAAAGACAAGCUGGCCAAGGUAAGGAUUGGCAAGCAUGAAGACAAGCUGGCCAAGCACGAAGACAAGCUGGACAAGGUAAGGUUCGGCAAACACAAAGACAAGCUGGCCAAGGUAAGGUUUGGCAAGCAUGAAGACAAACUGGCCAAAGUAAGGUUUGGCAAGCACAAAGACAAGCCGACCAAGGUAAGGUUUGGCAAGCACAAAGACAAGCUGGCCAAGGUAAGGUUUGGCAAGCACAAAGACAAACUGGCCAAGGUAAGGUUUGGCAAGCACAAAGACAAGCCAGCCAAGGUAAGGUUUGGCAAGCACAAAGACAAGUUGGCCAAGAUAAGGUUUGGCAAGCACAAAGACAAGCUGGCCAAGGUAAGGUUUGUCAAGCACAAAGACAAGCUGGACAAGGUAUGGUUUGGCAAGCACAAAGACAAGCCGGCCAAGGUAAGGUUUGGCAAGCACAAAGACAAGCCAGCCAAGGUAAGGUUUGGCAAGCACAAAGACAAGCCGGCCAAGGUAAGGUUUGGCAAGCACAAAGACAAGCCGGCCAAGGUAAGGUUUGGCAAGCACAAAGAGAGGCCGCCCAAGCACCGCAAGCGAGCCGAGUUCUUUGCUGUGAUGGGCUAA